UAUCUUCCAACAUGUGGCUCUGGGAGGCUGGUAGCCCCUCUCUCUCCCAUCAGUCGCAUCUUUUACCUUAUCUACAAACUAAAAUUUAAGUACGUCAUCACUUUCCUCUCCACAUUUCCAGUACCCCCCGCUUCUCUCAAGUUCUCUUCCAUGGCUGCCUCGACUCUCUCCCCUUCAACCAUUUCUCAGCUGUGCUCUAGUAAGAAUGGGUUGUUUAUUUCAUCCCAAGCUUUUAUGCUGAAGCCCACGAUGAGGACCCAGUUGGUGAGAAAGGAAAAGGGUACAAAAAUCACUUGCCAGGCCACCAGCAUUCCAGCCGAUCGAGUACCUGACAUGGGCAAGAGGCAACUCAUGAAUCUGCUUCUGUUAGGUGCCAUAUCCCUCCCCACGGCUGGCAUGUUGGUUCCUUAUGCUUCCUUCUUUGUUCCACCAGGGACGGGUGGUGCUGGUGGCGGUAUCGUAGCAAAGGAUGCUCUUGGAAACGAUGUCAUUGCAUCUGAAUGGCUUAAGAACCAUGGCCCUGGUGACAGAACCCUAACUCAAGGGCUGAAGGGAGACCCAACAUACCUUGUUGUGGAGAAUGAUAGGAGUCUGGCAACUUAUGGCAUUAACGCUGUCUGCACACAUUUAGGUUGUGUGGUGCCGUGGAAUGCUGCUGAAAACAAGUUCAUUUGUCCUUGUCAUGGUUCUCAGUACAAUAACCAAGGCAGGGUUGUUAGGGGACCUGCUCCUCUGUCCUUGGCUCUGGCACACGCAGACAUCGACAUCGAUAAUGGGAAGGUGGUGUUUGUUCCCUGGGUUGAAACUGAUUUCAGAACAGGCGAUGCGCCCUGGUGGGCAUAAUCAAUUUUUUUUGUUUAUCAAAUCAUGAUCGAUCGUUAGCUGCGACGAACGCCCAAAUUGAAUUAAAAAGAAUACGUAAAGCAGUGAGAUUUCUACUUCCAGGUAUAUUUAUAUCUUUAUACAAAGAAUGGGCCCUCCAAAAAGUUUUCAAAAUCCAUAAAAGGGUUUGUAGAGGAAAACCUCGAUGCGGAUUGUCUAGACGAGGUUUUGAAGUUUGAACCUUUGCAUGAGUUCUUUAGUAACAUAAUUCAUCAUGUAAUAUUACAAUCAGUCAACAUUUAUAUGAAACGAAUUGAAAUAAGUUAUGUCA